ACAGAACUAACGUUAACUUAAGACUGAGUAUUUCAUUUGAUCAGCGAAUCAGAAGAUUUGGGCCUAAAUCUGCAAAGCAUUGAAUAAUCAUGAAGAACUCAACGUCAUCAGUUUGUCUCAUUUUCUGGCUAUCCAUCGCAUGCUGUGUGAUGUGGACAAUCAAUGCACAAACUUCCAGCAGCCAAACAACUGAUUCAGCAGUAACCUUUGAUGUGGAGGUGACGACGUCAGCAGACGCCCCUGAACAAACAGAAGAGUCAGGAGCAGAGUCUGAACAUGAGGGCACACCAUCACCUUCUCCCGUUCCUGAGCCUGCCCCCGGUAGUGGCAACGAGACAACGGUCACGGAGAAACCAAAGAGUGGUAGUGUCAUCAAGACUGCUUCUAUCACCCUUCUCACCAUGGCUAUCCUAGCAACCAAACUUGUUUAAUGAUUGUCUCCUUACGUCUCAGAAGUUAUCUUCAUCAUUCUAUGGUUGAAGGGAGUGCAUUAGCAUGACUACAUGAGGUGGCGGACAUCAGCGAAUUGUUACAUAAAACCUCGGCUUUUGAGGAUUUAAGUUCACCAAGGGAGACGGACAAUCUCUAAAC